AUGACCUCUGCCGGGUGUUUUUUGGUCUCUGUCAAGGAGUCUCUCCAACCAGCGUUUCUGCGCGCUCUCCUAUACGUAGCUUUUAAGAGCAAAGCAAAAACGCUGCUAGGGAUCAUUUUUGACCCGGCACUCAAUCCUCUGGCCUCGGGCCUUCUCUAUUCUCUUGUGCAUGAUGUAGAAUCAAGACAUAUCGUGCUGAAUACGAAAUUGCCCAUAAUUUCGUCCAGUAUUGUUUUGAAAACGGGUCUCGUCACUGCGUGUCACCGAGGCCAAUCCUCACCUGGUUGGCGCAAGCUUUCUGGCAGCAGCCAAGGCGUACCAGCAGCUCAUGGAUUGGUCGCCACAGCUCGGCAUUUUUGGGGGGUGGGCGCGCCCGGGGUAACGGAAUGCGGGGAAGCUGCCGAGGGAUGGGGACGAAGGACGUCACAGCAAAGCGCACAGGUCAGCCGCACACACUCGACGCCGCAGCAGCAGCCUUUAUGUGGCCGGGCGGCGCAGGGCCAGCCAGGAGUUCCUCAAGUCUAG